GCGCCGUCCUAGUGACAGCCUGUUGCAGUAGUUCCACGCAGUUGUGUUAGUUUAUUGUAUUUUAUUGCGUUUUUUGUGUGUUUUUAAUCUUUAUUUUUACACUGUCCUGCGCAUCAUCACCACGCACAACAGUGAGAUGCUUUUCAUACAGAUUGCACAUUUUUUACUCUUUCUAAUUGCACUUGGAUCUCUCCGGAUUACUGGGAGCCAUGCCUGCUACAUCUCCACCGGCAUUAUUUACACGCGCGACCAGCUGAUGGCCCUGGGACACCCGGCUCUCUCGGCUGGAGAGAGGCCCUACAUACCCGAGGAGCUAAAAAGGAGACGGCGAGGCUGCAGAGCGGGGCUUAAACGGAGGACGAAGAAAAGAAAGUUUAAGCCCUACAUCCCUGCAGUCAUCACUGGUAACGUUAGAUCACUGGCAAAUAAAGUGGAUGAACUGGAAGCGCUCGUCAGGACACAGAGGGAGUACCGAGAGUCCAGUAUUAUGUGUUUCACAGAGACGUGGCUGCACGACCAGAUACCGGACUCUAACAUCACCAUCCCCGGCUUCCAGACAGUCCGAGCCGACAGAGACACCACCGCGACCGGCAAGAAGAAAGGAGGAGGCCUCGCCGUGUUCGUAAACAACAGAUGGUGUCACCCCAGUCAUGUCUCCAUUAAAGAGCAGCUCUGCAUCCCGGACAUCGAGCUUGUCGCCGUCGGACUUCGCCCAUAUUAUUUGCCGAGGGAAUUUACCAGUGUUAUCGCCAUAAAUGUUUACAUUCCACCAUCUGGUAACGCAGAAGCAGCGUGUGACGUCAUCCACUCUGUAACUGCGGGACUACAGACGAAACACCCCGGGGCCUUCAUCGUCAUCACAGGUGAUUUUAACCAUGUGUCUCUCUCAUCCACUCUUCCAACCUUCCACCAGUUUGUUACAUGCACCACCCGUGAAAAAAAGACUUUGGACCUGCUGUAUGCAAAUGUUGAGGAUGCAUACAGCUCCACUGCCCUGCCACCACUGGGCAGGUCAGACCACAACCUAGUCCUGCUCUCACCAUCAUAUAAGCCUGUUGUUCAACAGCACCCAGUCACAGUGAGGACAGUGAGGAAAUGGUCUCCUGAGGCCAUGGAAACACUGCGGGGAGCGCUGGAGGCCACGGACUGGGAUGCGCUGUAUGAACCACAUGGUGAGGACAUCGAUGGCCUGACGGACUGUGUCUCUGACUACAUUGGGUUCUGCAUUGAAAACACCAUCCCCACAAAAGAGGUUCGCUGCUACCCUAACAACAAACCGUGGGUUACCAGCAACCUGAAGAUCCUUCUUAAUGAGAAGAAGAGAGCCUUUAGAUCGGGGGAUCAUGCUGAACUCAAGCGUGUACAAAGGGAACUAAAACACAGCAUAAGGGAGAGCAGGGACAACUACAGGAGAAAACUUGAACACAAACUGGGGGACAACAACAUCAGGGACGUCUGGAGGGGGAUGAGAGAGAUCACAGGCUUUCAGAGGAGAGGUGGGGGUGCAGCUGAGUGGGACAGGCAACGUGCCAACGAGUUGAACAUGUUUUUCAAUAGGUUCAACUCCAACCCCUCCUCCACUGGCAGCCCCUCUUCUGCAUCUCAAUCUCAAUACAACAACUCCCCACCUCCCCCUACCAACACCACCACCUGCUGGGACCCGUUCUCAUCUCCUGCCCCCAGGACUUCCUCACAGCCCCCACAGCUCUUCCCCACCUCCGACUGCAGACACCUCUUCGCACCUCUGUUGUCACCUCCACCCCCCAGCCCACUGCUUACAUCCACCUCAGAACCUGCUAUACCCCCCACCCCCCAGUCUGGACUCCACAUCACAUCCAGCCAGGUGAAGAGAGAACUGGAGAGACUCAAACAGAGGAAAGCCGCUGGACCGGACGGACUCAGCCCUUAUGUGCUGAAAGCAUGUUCCGGUCAGCUCUGUGGAGUUCUCCAGCACCUCUUCAACAUGAGCCUACGCCUUCAGAGAGUGCCAGUGCUCUGGAAAACAUCGUGCCUGGUCCCAGUGCCCAAAAAAGGACGUCCUACUGCACUGGAGGACUAGCCUGGACUGCUGAAGGCCAAACU